GAACAGACGUAAACACCUUCUUAUCGCUUCGAAAUGCAGAAAUACGUAUGGACGUAUGUAUAUACAGUAAUAUCUGUAUUAAUUGGCAUCGAAUGGGCUGGCGGAACUCCUGUUGUAGAAUGUAAAUAAAAGACUCUACAUUCAAAUUGGUUCGAUGUCAGUUGAUGUGGGCAUCCGAUCGCGUCAAGACGUGCAACACUCGAGGAAUUGCCAUUCGAUUUCGAAAAUAUACAGUUAUUAUUUUUUACUGUUGUUGUUGGUGUAAUCUUAGUAAACAUGUCACAGGAGUACAGUGUUAGUGAGGUGGCACAGAACAACGGUCGCGAUGGCAAGCCUGUGUGGAUUAUUUACAAAGAGAGCGUCUACGACGUGACGAAGUUCAUAAACGAACAUCCGGGUGGUGCAGAGUCCAUACUCGAAUAUGCGGGUAAAGACGCCACAAAAGCAUUCAAUCAAGUUGGUCAUUCCUCCGAUGCCAUUAAGGAAAUGAAGUCGUAUAAAAUAGGCGUGAUUAGAAAAGAGGGUAUGCAAGUACUCAGCACACAGCCGACAUCCGCAGACAUUGAUCUAAAUGAGAAACAGAAACAACAGCAAGCAAAUUCUUCCGCAUCGGAAAAGAAACGAAUUAAAUUUUUCUUUUGUUGUUGAAUAAAAAAAAAAAGAGGCGAUCAAUUUGGGAGAGUCUGCCUGACUGUGAUUAAACUGAAUUCACUCAUACUAAGUCAUAUUCAUAGCGAAACAUUUAUGUCGGUCUGAUCGCACGAAUUCGUGCAGUGCGAGGUGCAAAUGUACGAAUUGAAGACGCAAAGGGGUAAAAUUAAAAAUUUGUUAUUUAUUAGCUUCACUUACAUUAUAUAAUGUUGUUUGAAUUCGUACUUAUGUACAUAAUAUAAUUAAAUAUACGUAGUUUACGUUACAAGUUAAAAAUUAAUUUAUUGUAUUUAGUUAAUAAGUGUUAAAUGCCAAUAAAUGCACAUUAUAAUACAA